AUGGGCGGCGGCAUUCACCCCGUAAACCGUCGGGCUGUUGGACGCAAAGCGCCUACAAAAGCUGGUCCGACGCUCUCCAGUCCUACCUCUACGCCCGCAAGGAAAGCGCAGUCCACCACCCGCUUGUACCCGGCCUUACGCACUAGCCGUGAGAGGGUCACCUUCCUGCUCCAACCUGGCAAGACAGCCGAACGAGGGGUGUCGUAAAACUACUUCAGCUUAGCGAAAGAGUCAAUUGUCAGCUGGGAAGCGCAACGCAAGGCAUGUAGGUGAUGUGUGUUCGUCCUGAAUACCUAUUCUGGCGCCAGUCUACACUCCUCUGACAUAAAUCGACCCAACUAUCAAGCCCUCAAGAUGCAACCCGCGCAAACGCAGGGUCAAAGCGCUCUUGUUCCGCGAACCAUCGAACAAUAGGGGGGGGGGGG